AUGGAUAAGCAUUCUGAGUGUAUAAAUGAGACCAUAAAUGCUGUUGCUGUGGCUGAAGAUCUAGCCAAAGAAAGGAGACAUAAACACCGUAUUAACUCUUCUGCGGUUACGACUAGGAGAUCUUCUUAUAUACCUGGUUGUUCUGUCCUUAAAAAUGAUAUCAAACAGCAGCUAGCCAAAGAACGCAGGGAAAAACAAAAACAUCAGCAAGAUGCCAAUAAGAAAAGACAUCUUAUGGAAAAAGAGCAGAAGUCUAACUUGCAUUAUGAGAAACAUCUAGAAAAAAAGCUGUGUAAACUGAGGGAACAGAAGGAAAAGGGUGAACAAAGACGCAUAUCAGCAGAGCAAAAGAGGAAACAGAAGGAGGCAGAAGAAAAAGAAAGAUUUAAGGCAGUUGUCUCUCAUACAAUGGAGCGAUGUAAACGUUUUGAUCAACAUCGGAAAAGCAGGUCACCGGAGAGUGGUGCACUCAACACCAACACAUAUGCAAAAAUGCAGGUUGCAGCAAAAUUAGGAAUAACACCGACAAAGAAAGCAGAAACACCGCUCAAGGAAGAUGUGAAAGAACCAGCAAAGGUGAAUAGAGAAAUCCCACCCAAGGAGAACAUGGAAUUGUCCUAUCUAGCAAAAAUGGCAGGAGCAUCUAAAGGUAAUGUGGAAGUAAUACUCCAGAAAAUGGAGGACAUCUCUGAUGUUAAGGUGGACUCCCCUCCCAAGGUGAAUAUUGAAGAACCCAGUGAUGUGAACAUAACAAGACACCCUACAUCAAAUGUUGACCAGCUACCCAUGGUGAAUGUGGACACCUCUCUAAGUGCCGGACCAUCCCCCAUUGUGAGUGAAGAUUCAUCCCUGAGUAUGGGAUCAUCCUCCUUUUUGAGUGUGGAAAUAUCUCCUGUUGUCAGCAUGGAUACCUCAUCUGAGGCAAGUAUAAAUACCUCAACUGAAUUAAGUAUGGACUCAGCAAGUGUCGAAGUUGCCUCAGCAGGAAAUACAGCUCUUGAGAGCAGUAGGGAACAACAUUUUUCUGAAGCAGGUGUAGAAGGACAGCCUGAGGAAAGUACUGAAUCAUCACGAAAGAAUCCAGAAAUGGACAAAAAGAAAGUAGACUGCGCCAUCAAGAAACAACCAUCUUGCCUCAUACUAUGUUAUAAUUGGCCAUCUACUCCCUUACUUGGAUGCUACCCACCUUCUCCCUUGAAGACUAUCACACAGAAUCAAAUAAUUCAUCCUCCAUCCCAUCCAGAAGUCUCAACAAAAGUAUCAACAAAAACUCCUCUGUCUUAUAAAAUAACCCUAUUUCAGAAUAUCUUAUGUAUGCCAAAAUCAUUGGGUAUGAUAAAGAAAAAUGAAAACAUUCAAAAGCAUCUGAUCAAAACAGAAUGUGGUGAUAAAAAGACAAUAAGCAAUGAAGCUGCCAUAAAAGGUUUCUUAGAGAUACACCGUACUAUUUACGAACAAAACGCGAAAAAGGAAACACAGAAUUUCAUAAAAGAUACAAAGCAAAGGAAUUCAGAACAUAUGGCAGAGAAAGGGUAUGAAAGCCCAGCCAAAGAAAUUUCAUUCCACGAAGAUGUGCAGCAAGAAAAAGAUCUGACAAAGAGAUAUUUUGGGUCACAAGAAAACCAAAAGAAACAGCUACAGAAAGGGGACAGCGCCAUGAUGAAAUCUCAGGACAGAGCUGAAGAGAGAACAAGGGAAAAUAAAAAACUUAUGUUACAAAAUUUGCAAGAAAGAUUAGAAAGAAGAAAGUUUUCGGAACUAGCCAAUAAUUGUAUAUCUAAAGAGGAUGAAGCCAAAGAUGAAGGUGAAACAAACGAUGAGGAAUCUCCUGAGAUGUUUCCAUCAGGAAUGAAGAUGCCAUCUAUGAAACUCAAAAAGUUUCACAAAAAUGCCAAUAAAAGGCCAAAGGCCUUUUCACAUCUCGACCUAGCUGGACAAGCAAAUAAUCUUGAAAACUCGUUUGCCUAUAGCCGUUCCAAGAUGCCGUUCGGAGGAGAGGAAGAAGGUGAUAUGUAAAUCCUGUGGAGCCUGGGAUAUCGAUCAUCUUCCACUCUAUAUUAAAACUCCCAAGGACAAGACUCCAAAAUGAUCUCCUUCACACUUGAACCGAGCAACAGAAACAGUCAUCCCCUCCCCACAAAAAGAAAAAGGAAAAUAAACCCAUCUAACAGUUACU